AUGUCAAUCUCUAAUUCUUUCUUAGAUCCUGAAAGUGAGUUUGGAAUCUUAAAUAAUGCAACAAUUAAUGCUUUGGGAUGGAAAGCUGACAAGUCAUCUAACUUUGAUAUAAAAGUCAGUAUAACAGAUAAGGAUGGUAAAACUGUCAUAUCUAUUGGAAAUUUCACACAUAUUGAUGAUAGUGAACCUGAAUCAAUAUUAUGUUUAGAAGCAUUAGAUCCACCAAAAGAGAAGCAAGAUUCAUCACCUCAAGUAUUUACCAUCUCAUUUAGCUCAACUAGUGAGGAAGACUUAAAAAAAAUGCGUAAAUUGUGA